CUCGCGGAUACGACGGUACGCUUGUUUGAGCAGUGUGGAAGCGUUCGUGACUUGUCGCCGGAUGAAUCCGCCGUUCGGUUUCGGAGGAUCAACACUCAUCAGCUUAUAUCAUUCGCGUACGGUACCGUGUGUCGUGCAGUUCGUCCCGCACUGUGGUCGUACGACAGAAUUAAUUAAUCAAAUACGGCAACGAAUCAACGGCUCGAGUGAAGGAAGAUGUUUCCUACCGUCGCAGUACGCUCUAUCGGUCAAGGAGUCAAUCGUCAUUAAAUAGGCAAUCGACUUUUGUUCAUCUCUUUGUUUGAGACACGAUCGUGAGGAAUGGUGAUUGAUUUGUGAAGAAAUAGUGUUGUUCGGAAUCAAGUUUUUGAUAAUGAUGCUUAAAAUUAUGAUUAAAAAACUCUUGUUUUUAAGUCCCCGAUACUCUCACUUCCUGUUUGGAAUUUUCUGUGGAUGGAUACUUUCAAGAGUGUUGUACUUUUGGUCAACCACCGGGACCACAUAUCUGGAAACUUCCGGCUGGAUUACAAGCCGAAAUCGGUUAGGAACCCAGUUUCACUCUCCUGUUAUCAAUAUCACCGAAUCUGUACGUGUACUUUGCUGGGUAAUGACCACACCUGCCAACCAUAAGGAAAAAGUCGUCCACAUUCAAGCUACCUGGGGUGCACGCUGCAAUAAACUGCUGAUCAUGAGUUCCGUAGCAGACCCCACCAUCGGUAGCAUUGCGUUGCCGGUUGAGGAAGGUCGGGAGAACCUUUGGAACAAGACCCGGGAAGCGUUCCGAUACAUCUACGAACAUCAUCUGGAGGAGUACGAUUGGUUCUUCAAGGCGGAUGACGACACGUACGUUGUGGUGGAGAACCUGCGCUACUUUCUGUAUCCCUAUUCACCGCAGCUUCCGAUCUAUUUUGGAAGCAAAUUUCGCUAUCCGGAGUAUGUGAAGCAAGGUUAUUUUUCUGGUGGUGCUGGAUAUGUACUUAGCAGGGAAGCGGUUAGACGCUUUUACGAACAGGCACUACGGGAUGAGGAACACUGCUCUGCUGUUUUGGAGGUCGAAGAUCUUGAAAUGGGCAAAUGUAUGGAGAGCGUGAAUGUUACGGCAGGUGAUUCGCGCGAUGAUUUCGGCAGAAAGCGAUUCCUACCCAUGGAGCCGUCCUUCCAUCUGACUGGUUCCAUUACAGAAAAUCCUAGCUUUUGGUAUAACGCAUACUCCUACUACGAACCCAUCUAUGGGAAAAAUUGUUGCUCAGAUUUAGCCAUCAGCUUUCACUACAUACCGGGCAAUAAUAUGCGCAUGUUGGACUAUCUGAUCUACGAGCUACAUGUGUGGGGUUUACAUUAUCAGUAUCCACCACUGUCGACCGUGAAAUCGCCCGAAGAAGCAAUGGCCGUUGCUGGACCGUAUCCCUUAAGUACUUCACAUCCCGACAUAGAGUCGAGCACGUUUAGCCUAACUACGGAAAUGAUGCAAGAUGUGUCCUCCUCUAUUGGGCCAUUGUGAAGUAUACUAGGUAUAUUUCCUAAA